UUGGCAGCCUCGACACGGGGUUCAAUCUUCGUAUCGAAACUUUCUCUCUCUCUCUCUCUUGCGGAGACAAAAACAACUCAGUGAGGCUCAUGUCAUUUGCUGGCAUCACAGCAAGGCCACGGUCAUCCCUCUCUCCCUCUCUCUUGGACUGGCAGGUGAGGAAGAAACAGAAGCUAUACUUUCCUCAGUCUCCGCUUUAACCCUCUCCUUGCAUGUGAAAAGUUUUAAGCAGACUCAUCUCUUUCGGUAAAAUUUUAAGCAGGCUCAUCUCUUUCGUAGCCUUUCCUUCUUUAGUGGUCAACGUUGGUACUCCUGAUUCUACUGCUGCCGCUCGGUAGAAAUCCUUCUCCGGUUAAAAGGAAAGACACCGGUUCUGGCGUUGCUUCAUCCUUCAUAUUUGGUCUCCUGCUGUGAUUGUCUUGAGGACCACUUCGAUUGGACAGUCUGCAAGUGAUUUUGUACGUGGGAAUCUCGAUUUUCUUCCCAAAAUUGGAUUGAUUGGCUUUCUAGUUUGAGGGGUUGGUGGAAUCAUGGGUUUGUGAAAUGGGAUCUCGGGUGGUUGUAUGGUGAUAAAACGGAGGAGCAAAUGAACCAUGACUCUGCUGCUCAGAGUCGGUUCUGUGUUGAAUGCGAGUAAUCUGAAAGGGUUUCUUCUUGCGGUCGUUUCGAGUGCUUUCAUUGGAUCGAGUUUCAUUUUGAAAAAGAAGGGGCUUAAGCGGGCGGGAGCAUACGGCGAACGUGCAGGUUCUGGAGGAUAUGGUUAUCUGUUAGAACCCCUUUGGUGGGUGGGAAUGAUAUCGAUGAUCGCUGGAGAGAUCGCGAACUUUGUGGCGUACAUUUUUGCCCCAGCUGUUCUAGUAACGCCUUUAGGAGCAUUGAGCAUAAUUGUCAGUGCUGUUCUAGCUCAUUUUAUGCUGAACGAGAGGUUGCAGAAGAUGGGCAUGCUUGGUUGCCUACUUUGCAUAGUAGGUUCAACAGUGAUCGUGCUCCAUGCACCUUCGGAGCAUAGCUUGACUUCGGUGUUAGAGAUCUGGAGUUUGGCAACUCAGCCUGCAUUUCUUCUUUAUACAGCAUCGGCAGUCGUGACAUCGUUGGUUUUGAUGUUACAUUGUGGCCCUCGAUAUGGACAGACAAAUAUAAUGGUGUACUUGGCCAUAUGUUCUCUAUUUGGCUCAUUAACGGUAAUGAGCAUCAAAGCUAUUGGAAUUGCUAUCAAACUCACAGUGGAAGGUACAAACCAGGCCGUGUAUCCUGAGACAUGGAUUUUUGCUAUGGUUGCAGUGACAUGCAUUGUGAUUCAGUUGAAUUAUCUGAACAUGGCACUUGAUACAUUCAAUGCUGCAACCGUAUCGCCAAUCUAUUACGCAAUGUUCACAAUUCUUACCAUUGUAGCAAGUUCCAUAAUGUUCAAGGACUGGUCUGGCCAAAGUGCAAGCAGUAUAGCAUCUGAGAUUUGUGGAAUGAUCACGGUGCUUUCUGGGACUACAAUAUUGCAUACUACAAAAGAACCUGAACCACCUCAAAAAGCAGGACUUACAAAUUGGGAAGACGAUUGGUGGCGGCUAUGAGAAAGGGGGCGUCGACAUCCUGUCGGUUCCUAUGGGUCUUGCUGCUACCUCCUCUACAUUAGAGUCUACAUUCUUCCAAUGGCAUCUCAGGCUUGGUCAUCCUUCAACGCCCAAGCUCCGUUCUAUCUUACCUAAUGUCUCAGUUCCAGAUUCUUUUCAAUGUGAGGCUUGUCAACUUGGCAAGCACACUCGUAGUAGUUUUCCUUCGAGUCUUAGUCCUUCGAGUCAAGGGUUGUUUGAUCUUCUCCAUGUUGAUGUGUGGGGGCCUAGCAGGGUUACUAGCCAAGCUAAGUUUAGGUAUUUUAUGGUCGUUGUUGAUGAUUACUCUCGAGUCAGUUGGGUGUUCCUUUUAAAGGAAAGGUCUGAAGCAGUUUGCAUUCUCAAAAACUUGAUUAUUGAAAUAAAAACUCAGUUUGAUUCCGUUGUUAAGUGUAUUCGCACUGAUAAUGCUCUCGAGUUCAAAUCAUCUAUCUUAAUGACCUUUUAUGCUGAAAAUGGUAUCUCUCCUCAAUUUACAUGCACUCAUACCUCACAACAGAAUGGAGUUGCCGAACGAAAACAUAGGUAACUUCUAACUGUUGCUCGUACCUUAAUGUUUCAUAAUCAUGUACCUGCAUACUUGUGAGGUGAUG